GUGCCCGGCGCAAAGCCUCGCCGGGCCCCCGCGCAUGGGGGGCCGCCCCUGGACAUGCCCUCCUCGCCGCUCGGCUUCGCUCUCCUGCUGCUGGCGGCCGCGGGAAGGUCGCUCUCGGUGAGGCGGAGUUCGGAUGGAUCCCUCUCUGAGGUUGUGCAGAAAUGGAAGGAAUAUCAGCUCCAGUGCCAGAAAUACUUGUAUGAGACACCCCCCAUUGUGGCAGGCAAGUUCUGCAACAGAACAUUUGAUGAUUAUGCCUGCUGGCCAGAUGGACUCCCUGGCACCUACGUGAAUGUCAGCUGCCCCUGGUAUCUUCCCUGGGCUAAUGCAGUGCUGCAUGGGCAGGUGUAUCGCUUCUGCACCUCGGAGGGGACCUGGCUGCUCAAGGAGAACUCGACCCUGCCCUGGAGGAACCUGUCUGAGUGUGAGCCCUCUGACCAGUCUGAAAGGGAUGCACCAGAAGAACAGCUCCUGAAUUUGUCCAUCAUAUACACCAUUGGAUAUGCUCUUUCCUUCUCUGCCCUUGUAAUAGCAACUGCCAUUCUUCUUGGAUUCAGACAUCUGCAUUGCACGAGGAAUUACAUUCACCUGAACCUCUUCACCUCUUUUAUCCUCCGGGCUAUAUCUGUUUUCAUUAAAGACUCAGUGGUGAAGUGGAUGUACAGCACAGCCACACAGGAGUACCAGUGGGAAGGACUUAUAGCCUUCCAGGAGUCACUCAGCUGCCGUUUGGUCUUUGUGAUGAUGCAGUAUUGUGUGGCUGCAAACUACUACUGGCUGCUGGUGGAAGGCAUGUACCUGUACACGCUACUGGUGCUCUCUGUCUUCUCUGAGCAGAGGAUUUUCCGCCUCUAUCUCUGCAUUGGCUGGGGUGUGCCAAUGCUGUUUGUUAUCCUCUGGGGAACUGUCAAGUACCUUUAUGAAGAUGAGGGUUGCUGGACCAGAAACUAUAACAUGAAUUACUGGCUGAUCAUCAGACUGCCUAUUCUCAUCGCCAUCGGGGUGAAUUUUCUCAUCUUCAUCAGAGUUAUAUGCAUCAUCAUCUCCAAACUGCAGGCUAAUUUGAUGUGCAAAACUGACAUAAAAUGCAGGUUGGCCAAGUCUACACUGACUCUGAUCCCACUGCUGGGGACCCAUGAGGUCAUCUUUGCCUUCAUUACUGAUGAGCAUGCCAGAGGGAUGCUGCGCUUCGUGAAGCUUUUUACUGAACUCUCCUUUGCUUCCUUCCAGGGGCUGAUGGUUGCAAUUCUUUACUGUUUCAUCAAUAAUGAGGUUCAGAUGGAGUUUCGGAAAAGCUGGGAGCGCUGGAAGUUGGAACACUUGUAUGUCCAGAGAGACAGCAGUAUGAAACCUCUGAAGUGUCCAGCCAACAGCAUCAGCAGUGGGGGCACAGUAGGCAGCAGUGUCUAUGCUGCCACUUGUCAGGCCACAUUCAGCUGAGAUUUCUGCAGAUGAAUCAGACAGAGAACAAUGAACUGUAUAAUCUACCUGAAAACCCUUAAAUACCCAAGCAAGUGGCUUAAGUUUGCCAUCUCCAGCAAGAAACUUAAGCAUGUGCUGCUCAUCGCCUGCAGGCUGUUGGACAAAGGUUUCUAGGGAAAGCA